CCUCCUCCUGCGCGCCCCUCCGCGCGGCCCUCGCAGGGAGUGGGGCUCGGGUGCGCCGGCAGGGCCCCGCGGCGGCAGCGGGCGGAGGCGCGUGGCGCGUGGCGCGGGCCGCGCUCGGGGAGGCGCCUGGGCCCGCCCUCCUCCGGGGCGCCGCGGGAGGGGCCCGGGCUGGCGCGGGGCGGGGAGAGCCGCCUGGCCCCUCCCCUCCGCCGCCCUCCCCAAAGUUGCCGUCUCCCCCGGGGCCGGCCGGUCUUAUGAUCCGGCGGAUCCUCCUGGGGAGGCCGGGCCGGGGAGAGGGCGCGGGCGCCGAGUGGCGGGGGCAGCGGGCGGGCGCGGCGACCGGGGCCGGGGCGGGGAUCCGGGCGGCGACCGCGGCGGCGGCAGCGCCCCGGGCCCGCCGCCCCCUCCCCUCCUGCGAGGGGAGCCGCUGCAUGGGGCCGGGGGGGCGGCCCUGCGGCGCGGAGCGGCGGCGACGGCGGCGGACCCCCCAGGCGGGCUGGGGCUGAGCCCGGGGCCGGGGCGGGGGCUCCGGGGGGACCAUGCCUGGAGGCCGGCCGGCAGCAGCAUGGCUCACGGGCCCGGCGCGCUGAUGCUCAAGUGCGUGGUGGUCGGCGACGGGGCGGUGGGCAAGACGUGCCUACUCAUGAGCUAUGCCAACGACGCCUUCCCGGAGGAGUACGUGCCCACCGUCUUCGACCACUACGCAGUCAGCGUCACCGUGGGGGGCAAGCAGUACCUCCUAGGACUCUAUGACACGGCCGGACAGGAAGACUAUGACCGUCUGAGGCCUUUAUCUUACCCAAUGACUGAUGUCUUCCUUAUAUGCUUCUCGGUGGUAAAUCCAGCCUCAUUUCAAAAUGUGAAAGAGGAGUGGGUACCGGAACUUAAGGAAUAUGCACCAAAUGUACCCUUUUUAUUAAUAGGAACUCAGAUUGAUCUCCGAGAUGACCCCAAAACUUUAGCAAGACUGAAUGAUAUGAAAGAAAAACCUAUAUGUGUGGAACAAGGACAGAAACUAGCAAAAGAGAUAGGAGCAUGCUGCUAUGUGGAAUGUUCAGCUUUAACCCAGAAGGGAUUGAAGACUGUUUUUGAUGAGGCUAUCAUAGCCAUUUUAACUCCAAAGAAACACACUGUAAAAAAAAGAAUAGGAUCAAGAUGUAUAAACUGUUGUUUAAUUACGUGAGAAACAUCUUCAGUGGCCAAGGAAACUGUCCAUUUCUCUCAGAAAGCAAAUGAAAUGCUACAGCUAUACCCAGACCUUUUAUAGGUAAUGAAGCAGUUCAAAACUUGAAAGAAAACAAAACCUGUCCUCAGAAUUCUAUAAAGUGUAUUAAGAAUGUUCCUUAAAGGUUUAAGAAGCAGUAAGCAGCAUCUGAAGCCACAAUCUAUUAUAAAUACUUUAUUUCAACUAGAAGGUACAAUCUCUCAGGGGUUUCAUAGUUUAAAAAGCUACAAUCACAUCAUGUUGUAACUACAUAAAAAACAGAGCUGUAAAUGGAACUGCUUGGCUUUGACCAUACACAUUUCUGCACAGCCCUUACAGAAUCUGCACAAAGAAAUAUCUCCCUUUGCUCCAGUUAAUUGUUCUUGUAUGUAAGUUGCUUUCUAUUCCAGUAUAUCCAGAGUGGUGAAAUAACAAGGCCAGCCACGUAGCCAAAGGUCGCUCCAAGCGUACAGGAGAUGGGCCAUACCUGAGGAGAGAAUGUAUGAGAUCAAAAAAGAACAAAUGUUUUAUUAUUACUUGAGCACAAGUGUAACCUAAAUAUUUCUAUAUUAAAGCUUAAUGUGCUUUCUUAAAGAAUGCCAAAAGUGUAAUAAGGUCAUAACUGCAUUUAUCAUGAACACUAAAAAUGUACACAUUUUAGUUAAUGUGCAUUAAACUGUAACAAGGCUUCUGGCAAUUGUAGAUUUAGUUUGACGCUCCCCAAAGUGCAUGAGACACAUGCUAAAAUUACAAAUUAAAAUUUUGGGUCAGACUUUGCCAUAAUGAUGGACUCAAUUUAGCUCUCUGAACUAGUUGGUAAUUUUUUUUUUUAAUUCCCACUUUGGCUGUGUACAUCAAAUGAAAUGAGAAGUGUGUAUGCUGACCAAACCACAAGAAAAUUUCUUUAAGUUGUGUUAAAGAGGAAAGACCUAGAAUCCAAGCAUGUUACAUGAAAAUUGUAACAGAGCAGCUGCUUCCACCUUUCAGAUAUAGAUGUUGGAACCACAGCAGAAGUUAUAGAGCAACAACUUAUAUGCACACCUAGAAUGUAAGUUAAACAAAAUACCGGCUUCCAGAGACCCCUUUUCUCCAGCCAUAUUACAUCAGGCUAGAAGUAAUUAAUGUUGAUUUAUUUCAUCUACAAGCAGUUGGUCCCUAAGUGAAAGGCUCUGCUUAAAAAAAAAAAAAAAAAAAAAAAAAAGUUGGAGAAAAAUUUUCACGUUCUUCUGUGAAGCUUAUUUGGUACACUGGAGCCUUUCUAAUCUUUCUCUGGGGGGAACAGGCCACAGAACUGUGUUAGAGGUGAACCAUCUUAAUUACUAGUUCUAUUACCUAAUUCAGCUUCCUUGUUUGGUCUGCUGUGGAUCUGCCUUAUUGCAUAUGCCAUGCAUCAGAUAAUGGUGUUAGACAAAGCUUCAUUGUGAACAACCUAAUGCAUUUUAGAGAAACAAUCUCAUCUACACAUUUUUUCUAGCCUUUCCUACAUUUAAACUUGCUGUUGCCUAAAUUAUAAUUUUUUAAAUGUCUUUGGUGGGCUUCUGUUAAUUCACAUGACUUGAGCUUAUAGCUAUGUCUACUGCACAGAUUGGGUAAUGGAACACUAAACUUUUAUACUUGAAAAUGACAGCCUUAAAUGCUCAUAUCAGUCACAAAUCUAGGAUGUACUGUCUUGUUGUAUGUGAGCUUUGUAGAGAUUUUUAAAAAUAUAAGCAUCACCUUCCCAUUGAAGAGUGGAGAGAGUCUACUGGAUGACUGGCCAGGAACUUUCUCUCUGAAUCGGACAUUUGGAUGUCUUCUUUCUUCCAAGAAAUGGUGGUUCACAUUAAAGUAUCAUGGCCUUAUGUAUGCUCAAAUGGAAUCUUAUGUAACUUUCUUAUUUAAUUUUGGUCUGCUAUUUUUAGAUAAAAUUGAAAGGAAUUGUAUAAAUCAAUUAACAUAUUAGCUAAGUUGUCCAACACAUGGUAUAAACGAAUUACAACAGUAAACUAUUAUACAUUUCCAACUUGC